AGACAGCGACUUCGAGUAGAAGCCUAGCUAUUGUAGCCCUACCCAUUUGUUCCCGACAACGAGCGUACGGCUUUAAAAGAACGUCGAUCUCCCUUGGCUGCACAUCAGUACCCCACCAUAAGUACUUUUACACGGCGACUCAUCUAAGCCCAUUGUCGCAAUAAAGUUGUACUUGCAAUCUCUAUUAAUUCAGCGACACAUCAAAAACCUUCUCGACGUAGCAACAUGCCGCAACACAACGCUCCCACCUGGUAUGGAGAGAAAAAAGUUUGUCACAGUCACUACCUUGCAGGUUUUGCAUUACAAAUUUUUUCAGAAUCACAGCUUUUCUUUGUAUUGCAUGAGCACUAGGGAAAUCCCUUAUGAAGUUUGGCUGUGAUGCAUUUUUACGCAUGACAGAAAAUUUUGCAUUGCAAAAAUGCGCAUGAGUGAUCGUGACGAACUUUUUUUGUUUGAUACCUGGUCCACGGCGGAGCAGGAGAUUGUCCGGGACGGCCUAGCGCAAAACAUCCGGCUCGGAAGUUGUAGUCGGGACUCCUCUAUCCUGUGCAAAAGUAUCGCACUCGUAGUAAUCGCAAUCAUGCAUUACAAAUCUUUAUCCCAUGGCAAAGCAGCAUGACAAAUUCCAUUUGUCAUGCUGAGCUAAUUUGUAUUGCAAUUACUACUAGUACGAUACUUUUGCAGUUCAUAUCCUCGCCUUCUGCGCUGUCGUCAUCUUCCUUCCACGUCGAACACGAUGUCAUUUCCUCCGCCCACGGGUCGGCCUUUGUCGCGAGUAAAGACACCAGACUGGUCGUCGGGUUAAAGGCGCAAGCGGAACAGAGAGCGAACAACUGUUCUGCUUCAUCAACAAAAAAACCAACUACCACCCAAAAUCUCCUGCGAGACUGCCUUUCCCUAGAGGUGCAGUUUCUUCCCGGCGUGCAGUCGGCGUAUUUCCACAACGCCGACGCGGUGGCACAGAUGCUCCGGAAAUUUGUGUUGCCAGUUUUGGAGCAACAACCGGAAGAUGUUGAACAGGAAGACGUAGAAACAACUACGGGACCAACUACUACGACACGCACUUCAUUUCUCAACCCCCCCCUCGCCCGGUGCCUGGAAACCCUCCGCCAGGCAGGCUUUGCGUUGACGCUGCAGUUCCAAGUCGAAAUUUCAGAAGCGGGUGUGGGGUUGCUAGACGCCGCCAGUGUGGGAAUCGGGGCCUGUUUGGAGAGUUUCGAGAUGCCGGUGUUGGGCAUUGAGUACGACGCGGGAAGGACCCGGGUGGUGCCGGAACAGCUGCGGGAGCAAGGAGAUAAAAGCCACGGAACGAUAAAUAUUGACGACAACAUGAUGCGGUUCGACGAGCAUGCGAUUGCCAGUUUGCUGCCGACCGCGAGAACCAUGGCGGUUUUUGGAAAAAGAACGGAACAGCAAGAACAGCAUCAAGAACCACCAGCAGUCGCGGCCAGCACAGGAGCUGCUGGUGAAAAAGAAAAACAUCAUCUGCAGAUCAUGAAUAAAACGUCAAAGCAACACGGUAUCGUGUUCAACCCGAGUCCGGAAGAAGCGGGCUGUUGCCCCUUGUGGAUUGCUUUUGUUUCGCGGAAGCAUGGACUCACCGGGCUACAGGGGCCUUUUGGCGAGACCCGAGAGGGAAUUCCGCCGGAAGUGAUUCUGCAGAUGGAGGAAAUGUUUACCGCGACCGAGGGUGGGCCGCGUGGGAACAGGGAUCGUGCUGACGACGUGAACAUCAAUAUGGAGUUUGUUGAUGAAGAGGAUGAAGAUGUUGUGCAAGAUUCUCCUACCAUGGACCAAUCAUGAAGAGGCAUAAAUGAAGUCGCGCGAGGAGAACGAACUGUACAAAGGUAAACUGCAACCUGAACCUCAAAAAAAUCCUUUCAUCUCUGCUUGACGUAUUGUUGAAAAAACGGAUAUUUUCACCUCAGG